UACUUUAUUCUUCAUUCCCCAUACCCUAAACCUAACCAAAGAAGUUCAAUUUUCACUCUUUCUCGAUCCUGUGAAUCAACCCCUUCCCAUGGCGGAACACUUAGCUUCAAUCUUCGGCACCGAGAAGGACCGAGUAAACUGUCCAUUCUACUUCAAGAUCGGCGCCUGUCGCCACGGAGAUCGAUGUUCGCGUCUCCACAAUCGCCCCACCAUUUCUCCUACUCUCGUUCUAUCCAACAUGUACAUGCGUCCCGAUAUGAUAAACUUAGGUGUUGACGUUCAAGGCCAGCCGAUUGAUCCAAAGAAGAUGCAAGAACACUUCGAAGAUUUCUACGAGGAUAUAUUUGAGGAGCUUGACAAAUUCGGCCAGAUUGAGAAUCUUAAUGUUUGUGAUAACCUCGCUGAUCAUAUGAUCGGAAACGUAUAUGUUCAGUUCAAGGAAGAAGAUCAAGCUGCUGCAGCUUUACAGGCAUUUCAAGGUCGUUUUUACUCUGGUCGCCCUAUUAUUGCUGAAUUUUCUCCUGUAACUGAUUUCCGUGAAGCUACGUGCCGUCAGUAUGAAGAGGAUAGUUGUAAUCGUGGAGGAUAUUGUAAUUUCAUGCAUGUUAAGCUCAUUGGAAGGGAUUUAAGGAAGAAAUUGUUCGGUCGAUAUCGACGAUUUUGGGGAACUCGAAGUCGGAGCAGGAGUAGGAGCAGGAGUGGUAGCCCUCAUCGACGGAGAGAUCAUUCUAGAGACAAGGAAAGGGACAGAGAACGUGAACGGGGAGAUCAUCAUAGACGGGGUGGGAAUAGACAACAUGGGAGGUAUGAGGAUGAUGACAAUGGGAGAAGGAGAAGAGGAAGUUCUAGACAUAGCAGAAGCCCAGCAAGAGAAGGGAGUGAGGAACGUCGAGCCAGGAUUGAGCAAUGGAACCGCGAAAAGGAGGAGGAGACAAACAGAGAAUGAAUCAAAUUUUUUCUUGGUAAAUCACAUACCCUGUACUCAAAUCUUAACUGCUAUUAUUGUGUUCUUGUUUUAGUUUCUGAUUGGAUUUUGGAACUAGUCAGACAUCUGAUAGAGAAUAUGUUAGAAUUGGAGAUUAGAUGUGUAGUUCAAGUUGCCUAUGUGCUUUCAUUCAGAUUAGACCUUCUUCCAUCUCAUCCAUUCAUCUAUUAGACAUGAUCCCAACACUUGUGAACAUAAAGGUUGGAUUUUUCUUUCUUCAA